GGUUUCUUCAUCGCCAAUCGCAGCGCACAGUCAGGGCCGGAGGGCUCUCUUGAGGGGUUUCUUGAGGGGAAGAGCCACGCUGCGUCGUAGUGUGACGGCCUCUGCCUUGGCCUUGUUCUGCGAAAGAUGGCCUCAGCUGCAAAAAUGAGAUCCGUGAAGAACGCUCCCUUACAGUUAAGCUCUUCCUCUGCAGAGACAAAGUGGCCUGUCAUAUCACCCUCGACGCAAGGAACCAUUCUUCAACUUCUCCUCGACCUGGUACGUCCAAUAGGUCAAUAUCGACAAGAUCACGUGACCCGGUCCAAGGGCAAGCGAAGCAGGAAGAGAAAGAGAGACGCAGAACGAGGUGACGAUCCCUCCACGGACAUCGAAGAGGCGUCGGGCAAGCCACCGAGACCGCCAAUAGAGAAGUACGUCACCAUUGGUCACAGCAGCACAACCCGACAUCUGGAAGAGCGUCUGCGACGACUCGAGUCCAACGGCUCUCGCUUCGACGGCUGCCAACACAACCUCGCUGCCGUCUUCCUCGCUCAACCUGUCGACUAUCUGCCGUACCGUCACCUACCCGCCAUGACAGCGACGAUAGCGGAGCACGACGAUGCUACAGCGCCAAUCUUGUUGAUCCCACUGCCAGCUGGUGCGGAGUCUAAGCUCAGCGGCGCGCUUGGGAUCCGACGUGUGGGUCUGGUAGGGGUUUUCAGCGAUGCACCGAGCGGGACGGCGCUGCUUGAGUACGUUCGCGAGAAUGUACAGCCAGUCAAAGUAUCGUGGGUGAGCGGGGGAGGUAUGCAGAAGUGAUUUGACUUUCAAGUAUGGGGUAUCAAAUUCUCAGAACUAUCUACGCCGUAGCUUUUUGAGCCUCCCGCGGCUCCGUCGACUCUGUCGACUCUUCUGGCUCUGACAACUUCGGCGGCUCCGUCGACUCAUCGCCAUUGAUGUUUUCCUGCGUCGCGUCCGAGUCACGACCACGUUUCCUCUGAGACCCAGAUCUCUGGCUACGUGAAAGACUCUUCCUUGUGGACGCGUCCCUAGCAUCACCGCAGGCUUCCAGACCUUUCGAGCUCAAGUACAAGAAGAUGGGCACCCGGAAGUUGUCCACGUGUGAGAAGAAUGAGUGGAAACUGAUCCCAUGGUCAGUGUCCUGCAAACGACGGGCAGAUUUAAGAAGGAUGUGUCAGACAAAAAGAAAAAGAAAUGAACUUACACAUUCUCCCUUUCUUCC